UGCUUCAUAGGUGUUAACUACUAUUCUGUAGAAAAGAAACUACUCAAAGGUUGGGGUUGCUAUUUCGAGGAAGUCAGCAAAGUUUUCUUGAGGAGUGAGCCUACGACGAGAUGCCAAGAAUCCACUUUCCCAAAGUUUUCUCUCCACUACUUUUGUCGGCCACGAAGAAGCCUGUGUCAAUCAUAGAAUCAAAAUAAAGCCGUGGUGAAAAUAAGUCCACGUGUUAACGCUUAUGACAUACGAUUGUCCAUCGACGUGCUCACACCUACCCAGAAAAAAAUCAUGCCUCUUUGUGCCAGUAUAAAAAUAAAUCAAUAAGAUCUAAUGGUGAGCGACUACCUGAAAACACUACCAAAUCUUAAGCUAAUAGUCAUUGCUGAUUGUUAAACUCAAGAAUCUAAUGGCUUCUUCAACGACACCCAAUGGGAUUUAUGAUGUCUUCCUAAGUUUUAGAGGUACAGAUCUGCGCAAUAACUUCAUUGGUCAUCUCUACAAAGCUUUAAUCAGAAACGGAGUAUUCACUUUCAUCGAUAGUGAGGAACUAAGGAAGGGAGAUCAAAUAUCACAAGCGCUUAUGAAGGCCAUUGAAGAGUCAUGCAUCGCAAUCAUCGUUUUCUCGGACGAUUAUGCUUCCUCACGGUGGUGCUUGGAAGAGCUAGCGAAGAUUAUGGAAUGCAAGGAGCAAAAGGACCUGAUUGUUCUACCGGUGUUUUAUAAAGUGGACCCUAGAGAAGUUAGAGGGGGCAGAGAGAGUUAUGGGAGAGCUCUGGCCAAGCAUGAGUUCAAGUUUGGAAAGGAUUCGAAGGAAGUGACGAGAUGGAAGAAAGCUCUUUUCGAUGCUGGUAACUUGUCUGGGUGGCAUCUAGGUGAUGGGGAGAAUGUAUUGUAAAAGCCAUAGUGCUGGAGUCACUUGAGCCGAUAGACAUAUGUAUCAAUCCUGAUGCUUUUACAAAAAUGAGAAGGUUGAGAUUGCUCAUUU